GCUUCUUCUCUUCUCUAAUACCAACCAGUCUGAUUUCUACUGCAGUGCUGUCAAUAACACAAUAAGCAAGAAUUGUGUUCAAAAUUAAAAUUAUUAUAUUGAGUAGCAAAAAUCUUAAAUUUUAAAUGAGAAAAGCGCAUCAGAUUUGUAAGAAGAUUCAUCGUUUUGCGGAAACUUAUGCGGGAUGCAGUGUUUGAAUUUAAUUUUGGUUUGAAAUUAAAUCAUAAAAUUCUUGAGAAAUCGAUUGUUUUCUGUGAUAAAAAAAAAAUUCGUUGGUUCGAAAAACGAGACACACAGAGCGUGUGUGAGAUUUUUGUUUGAUAUUAUUAAUCUCAGUGGCGUGCAAUUGAUAAAUCGCUCAUCUGAAAAUCAGAAAACUAAUUAUUACGCUACAAAGAAUUGUUAAUUUGAUGAUAUUUUAAGACGACACACGGGGUCCUCUUGUUUUCUUUGCCAUAGUAAAAAAAGUUUCGGUGAAAAAUAUUCGUGUGUGAAGAUAAAACGAAGAUAAAUUCAACCAAAAAGAGUACCACAAAGUGAGUUGGUUUGAAAAGGUGUUUUUCAAGCUAACAACAACCCCAAUUUCCUAGAUAUUGGAUUCAUUUUAUGAACUGAGUGUACAUAAAAGCUGUCAAACUGUGGGGAUCCGGCGCAUUUUUCCUUCCUCCGCAAGGAAUGUACUAUCCGCACGUCGUACAGACGGGUGUGAAUCCUUUCCAUCCAGCGGCUGCAGCGUUUCCACAACCAACAGCGCAUACAGCGGAAAGUUUAUCAGCCGCCGUUGCAGCUAAAAGCGAACAGAUUGCGGCUGCACACAAACAAGAUGCCAGCGGUGGUGGUGCUCCGAAUCAGAUCCCCGGCUCACAGGCAUAUCACCAUUCACAACCCGGUAGCCAGUUUAGUCCACCUUUACUCGGUGCUCAGCCUCCAAAUGUCGCACAAACAGGACCUUCAUCACUUCCGUUAGCAUUACCGGUUGGUGGCAUCACAAAUGGCAUCGAACAACAAACAGUGAGCAUACCUGACUUAUUACAGCAAAAUGAAUCGGAAUCGGUUCAACAACAGCAACAGCAGCAACAACAACAACAACAUGCUGCACUUGAGGCUAGCAUAAUGGCCGCUGUUUCGUCGGCUGCGUUGACCGCUUCCUCUUCAGCUGCCUCGGCUGCCGCGUCUACAGCAUUGGCCACACUGCCAUCAAUUACAACGUCAGUAUCCACUUCAUUGGCGGUUAUACCGUCAUCCGACUCGAAAAACCAGCCCAAACGACUACACGUGUCAAAUAUACCAUUUCGAUUCCGUGAUCCAGACCUACGAUCUAUGUUUGGUCAAUACGGUACGAUAUUAGACGUUGAGAUCAUAUUUAACGAACGGGGCAGUAAGGGGUUCGGGUUUGUAACAUUCGCAAAUAGUAGCGAUGCGGAGCGAGCACGCGAACGUCUUCACGGCACUGUGGUUGAAGGGCGCAAGAUUGAGGUUAAUAAUGCAACAGCACGUGUUCAAACGAAGAAAGCACCAGCAGUACCACAAGUUUGUCUGACAAAAGAGGGUGCCGUUGCGGCUCCAGCUCUGGUUUGCGUCCAGUGGCCAGACGCUGCCGCUGCACUUCGUGGAGUAACUAUACCAAGAGGACGGGCAAGAGCUGCAUUCCCGGCAUCUGCCGCAGCCGCUGCUGCUUUUGCUAGAUUGCCAGCACCGUUGGCAGCGGGUGCUGCAAAUGCUUUGCAUGGAUUUACACCCAUGUAUUACGAUCCGUUCUUUGCUGCGGCUGCUGCAUCACAGGCUGUUGUGAAUGAUCCCAAUUAUCAUCGUCUUCAGGCAGCGAAACCAGUGACGGAACUACAAUCACAACCAGCAAUUUUAAACGCAACAGCUCCACUGUUAAAAACACCAUUGUCUCAAGCACAGCAAGCUUAUUCAGCAGCGGCAGCGACGUAUACGGCUGUAGCUGGAAUGAGAGCAGCAGCAUACGGUGCGGCUGCCGCUGCUCAGCCAGUUGCCGGCUACGCUGCUGUAGCAGGGUAUGGACGUGAAUAUGCGGAUCCCUAUUUGGGACAUGGAAUUGGACCAGUACCUGGUUAUGGAGCGGCCAUGUAUCGAGGAAGUUAUAAUCGUUUUACUCCGUAUUAAAGUUAGUAAACCCAACCAUGAAAAUUCAGCCAUGACAAUUUUUUCUUUUGAUAUAAAAAAACCAACGAACAAUUUUCGUUCAACUUUAUUAUUUUUAUAUUAUUUCUCUUCUUAUGUUUUGUAUGUAAACAAAAAAAAUGAAAUUUAUACAUACCGUAAAUCAAUAAUUUGCAGCCAAAGUUGUAUGUCUUUAAGAAUUUUCUAAUACUUUAGUUUGAUAAUUUAAACAAAGAACAGAGUGAACGUCGUGUCGUUUCGAUAUUAUAUACAAUGAAAAUUAUUAUUAUGAAUAAAAAAGAGGAAAAUAAAAUAGGGCAGCUGGAUAUUGAGUUGUUAAUUCGACAGUUUGAUUUGGAUGGCAUUGUUGUUGUCGAAUCGGAACAUUUACAGUAAAACGAUUUUCUUUUCGUUUCAGUUUAUGAUUUUCUGUUCAAUUUUUUUUAAAUAUUUUUGUCAGCGCAAAAUUUUCAAUCUUUUGAGCUUCCGUAGCCAAAGUAAGCACACAACACUCAAAAUUGUAUUUUUAUUAGGAAAAUUAAAAUUUUCUUAAAAAAGCCAAAAAAGAAAGAAAUUUAAAAUAUAAAUUUUAGUAAAAAAAAAAUAUUUAAAAAAAAUAAAAAAAAAAUGAAUUAAAGUAAACAUUUUACUACGCUUAUAAUAUCAGUGUAUAUACUCACUCCCUUAAAAAAAAAACCUGUAACGUAAUUAUGACCAAUGCAUUCAUUUUUUAUUUUUAUGAAUCGCACACACAUUUUGUUGAACACUUUUUUUGUUCGUUCCCCAGUGAAACGUUUUUUCUAUUCCAUCGAAUUCACUUCUUGAAUUCAAUUCAAAACUUAAAAAGACUUGAAUGGCACAAAUAUUGCAGAAUGCAGAUACAUGUAUAUUCGAUCGAUCCAAUGUAUAUUGAGAAAUGUCUCGUAAAAUUAUUGUUGAGUGAAGACACUUUCCAUUUCCAAUCAGAUCAAUGUCAUUUCUCCGCUAUUCCAAAUCCGAAUUAUCACCAAUAACCUAGCAACACAUAAUAGCAAGAAAGUACGAAGAACAAAAAGUAUUUGCUUGUCAUUAGAUUUCAAUUUCACGGAAUUAUUUGAAAUAGACGGUGAUGUCAGUUAGAAAAAGAAAUUCCGAUUUUACAACCGAGAUUUUGUCUUCCGUCUCGACUGUGCUUCCAGAACAAUUCGUGUAUCGUCGACUGCUCUCAAAUGCUGAGCGGAAGAAAAUAUUGAAACUGAAACUGUGCCAUUUCGAAAAGCAGCUGAAUUUUUGUGUUUAUCUUAUUGCUACCGGCCCCAUUAAUUACGACUCGAGUAGACGAAACCAAAGAUCGUUAUUUUAUCCAGCGUAUGACACUUAAAAAUUUAGCCAUCAUGACCACCGCCAGAUUCUUCUGUAUAGGUACGGUCGUGAUGAUUUAUAGAUCUUAAGUUCUUAUCAUACAGCCCCCUUUCAAUAAGCAAACUAAGUAAAAAUUCCGUUGCAUAUUUUGUAAAAUAGCAAAACUUAAUUUGCAACCAAGCUUCCGAAUGACGGUUUGCACCAGAUUCUUAACUUUGGAUCGUUGGAUCGAAUUUUAGAUAUAUUUUAGCCAUUCGACAACAUUCAUAUUUCAAACCAUUGAGUUGCAUGCAAUGAACUUUUUAGAACCCAAACCCGAGUUUAUCGUAGGUCCCCAACUAUCGUAAAUAUGAUAUUACGUUUCAUCAAUUUGAAAUCGUUGUUGUAACGCAUCUUAAUAAACCAUUCAUUUUCGACUUGAGUCUGUCUUGAGUGGAAGGGUUCCCAAUUUUUCUAGUUGUUGUUUCUCAUUUUUCGAUGUAAAAAGUCGUUGAAAGUUUUCUUAAAUUCAUUAAAUGAAGUCAGUAUUUUUGGGUAGAAAAUAAAUGUGAAUUUGAUUAUCAAGGAACCAAGAAAAAAAAGUGAAAAAAAUUAAACAAAACAGGAAUAGAAAUUACAAAACAAUUUUUACUAAUCCAAAAAAAUGAAAAAUGUGUAAAAUAAAAGUAAAAAUUUAAAAUAAAAAAUUAAUUCUUCAUUCAUUGACAUUCAAUGUAGCUUAAACGAGAAAAUAAAAAGUGUUAAUUGAGAGAGUAAAGAAAAAGAAAUUUAAAAAGAAUUAAAAAAUCCUUUGGCAAGAUAUAAAAAAAACUAUAAAAUUUAUAGAAAUUACAUUUAAAAGAAGAAACCGUAGAGAACAGCAAAAUGGAAAUAUAAAUUUAAUCAAUCAAAAGAAAUAUACGAAAAAGGGUAAAAAAAAGAAGAAAAAAAGAAAAUUGUUGUGAAUUGAUAAAAGAAAAUGUUUUAACAGAAGAUAUUCUCCAUAAUAAAAAAUCUGAUUGAUGAAAAAAACCGUCGAUAAAAUGCUCUCUAAAUAUUUUGUAAAAUUCAAAUUGAAAUAGAAAAUUGCAUCACAUCACAAAUUUAAAUAAACCAUUGAAAGAGUGUGCAGUAUGUUGACGCUUCUCGGUCAUUUUUAUUGCAACAAAAAAUAUAUUUAAACUUAUAAUCCGCAAUCUCCAUAUUUUUUGUAAAUAAUUUAUUUUUAGUAGAAACAUACAAGAAAAUACGUUAAAACCGUCGUAAUAAUUGCUCUAGUGAACUGAAAUACUCGAUGAAAUUAUUCUCUCUUUAGAAUUAUUAUUUUUUAAUUUUUUUGUUGUUUUAUUAGUUUUCUUAUUAUUUUUUGUCAAUAUUUGAACGUUAUAAGUAUGAAUACCUAUAUGAAUAGAGUCGAUGUAUACCAGGGAUUUGAUAGAUGACAACGGAAAUACCACUAGCACAAUAGACGAGUUUCUUUGCUGGUGUCGUCGUCUGUAUGAAAAGUUUGAAAUAAAAAAAAAUGUUUCACGAAACAGUUAAAAAGGUUUUCAACAAAUUUUUGAUAACGUUGCUUACAACAAACUGCAGUAAAUCAAAGUUCAAAUGAUUGGCAAAAUUUUACCAUUGAGAUUAAAAGGACUAACAGUAUGAACGGCAAAUUUCGGGCGAUUCCCGAAGAGCUGUUAGCUUUUUUUUAUAAAUGAAGGGCUUUUCACAUAUUGAAAAGCCUUUGAGUAACCAGUUCGGUACUGUUCUAUUACAAAUUGUAAUUUACAAUCACUACUAAGAACUUCAAUUCGUCAUUUCUUUGCUGUUUAUUCAAUAAUUAGGAUAUCCGAUUAAAAAUCUUCUACCUUAACACAUCACAUCAAUAGAAAUAAGAUUUCCCUCUUCCCUGCUAUAGUGGUAUUUCUCGUCCCGUCAAUCAGUCAAGUCUGUGCAUUAAAUGGCCAUUAUUAAAUGUAAACCGAUUUUUUUUUUGUUAUAACGUUAAGAUAGAUGAAGUGACACACAUACCAUCAACAUAAAAACGCACCGCAAAUUGUGAAUCGAACGCAAUUUCAAUUUCCACGAAGAGAAUGGACACGAUAAAUGUGUUAUACUCUUCCAUUUAAAUGAAAAUAAAAAUUGUUGGUCGGUGUGUUGCUAUUUACAAAACAAAAAACCAUAUAAAUGUAAUUAAGUGUAGUUCAUAUUAUAAUUAAAAUGGCAAAAGAUACAAUUUUGUCGCAUUAUAAAAACAAACGAACUUUAUAAAACAAAAAUCGCUCAAAAUGAAACACAUAUUACUCAAAAAAAAUCUUCUUGUUUUUUAAAAUAUAAAAAUUAGACUGUGGCACCAAUAAACGCAUUACAAAUUUUAAAGAAACAAAAUGUUAUCUCCACGCUUUGAUUCAAUACUUAACAACAUUUUGUCUCAAUUUUAAGUGGAGAUAUCACAGAGAAGUCUUUCUCUUUCUCUUAUUAUUCGCACACAAACAAAA